AGAUUUCUGUCAGCGGCGGCGGCGGUGGCGGCGACCGUCAGUUUUCGCUGAGGAGAAGCACGAAACGGACCGGUUGGCUCUCCCCACUCCCUUUCCCCGCCCUGAACCCCCCUCCUGGCUCUCCGAGAUUUAGUCCCUGUGGAGUUUCCCCUCCACCCCGCCGCCGUUUCCUCGGUCCUCGGACGGGUGGAAGUCACUGCCCUCGAGGAGACAGCGGCAGCCGCCCUCGCCUCACCGCCCCCGGUUCGGUGCCCGCGGUCCCGGAGAGGAGGUGCCGCCGCCACCGCCGCUCCCCCCCACCCGCUGCCCUCGGGCCGGGCUGGGUCGAGCUGCGAUGCCCUCGGACUUCAUCUCAUUGCUCAGCGCGGACCUAGACCUGGAAUCGCCCAAGUCCCUGUACUCGAGAGAAUCAGUCUAUGAUCUUCUCCCAAAGGAGUUACAGUUACCUCCAUCUAGAGAAACAUCUGUAGCAUCAAUGAGUCAGACAAGUGGUGGUGAGGCAGGCUCGCCUCCUCCAGCUGUAGUUGCUGCUGGAUUUGCCUCUGAAGCAGGGAGUGUCUGCAUUAAAAAUGACCUGUAGUUCUCUGCUUCAUAGAUGCUUCUUCAGCUCCCUCCUCUUCCUCCAUGGGCGGUGCUUGCAGCUCCUUUACCACCUCUUCCAGCCCUACCAUUUAUUCUACCUCAGUCACCGACAGCAAGGCUAUGCAAGUGGAGAGCUGCUCCUCAGCCUUGGGGGUAAGUAACAGAGGGGUAAGUGAAAAGCAGUUAACCAGUAACACAGUUCAGCAGCAUCCAUCAACACCGAAGAGGCACACAGUCUUGUACAUCUCACCACCACCUGAGGACUUGCUGGAUAACAGUCGGAUGUCCUGCCAGGAUGAGGGGUGUGGAUUGGAAUCUGAGCAGAGCUGCAGUAUGUGGAUGGAGGAUUCCCCCUCCAACUUCAGUAACAUGAGCACCAGUUCCUACAAUGAUAACACUGAGGUACCUCGUAAAUCACGAAAACGAAAUCCAAAGCAGAGGCCGGGGGUCAAACGACGAGAUUGUGAAGAAUCUAAUAUGGAUAUAUUUGAUGCCGACAGUGCCAAAGCACCUCACUAUGUGCUUUCUCAGCUUACCACGGACAACAAAGGCAACUCAAAAGCAGGAAAUGGAACAUUGGAAAACCAAAAAGGAUCUGGAGUAAAGAAAAGCCCUAUGUUGUGUGGACAGUAUCCUGUUAAAAGUGAGGGAAAGGAGCUGAAGAUAGUUGUACAACCUGAGACCCAACAUCGAGCUCGGUACCUCACUGAGGGUAGCCGUGGCUCAGUAAAGGAUAGAACACAGCAAGGCUUUCCUACAGUAAAGCUGGAAGGCCAUAAUGAGCCAGUAGUGUUGCAGGUGUUUGUGGGUAACGACUCUGGUCGAGUGAAACCACAUGGAUUUUAUCAGGCUUGCAGGGUAACUGGGCGAAAUACAACUCCCUGCAAAGAAGUGGACAUUGAAGGCACUACUGUUAUAGAAGUUGGCCUUGAUCCGAGCAACAACAUGACACUAGCGGUGGACUGCGUAGGGAUAUUGAAAUUGAGGAAUGCUGAUGUUGAAGCCAGAAUAGGAAUUGCUGGUUCCAAGAAAAAAAGCACUCGCGCCAGAUUGGUUUUUCGAGUUAACAUCGCAAGGAAAGAUGGCUCCACUUUGACACUGCAAACACCCUCUUCUCCAAUUUUAUGUACUCAACCAGCAGGAGUGCCAGAAAUCUUAAAGAAAAGCUUGCAUAGCUGCUCAGUGAAAGGAGAGGAAGAAGUAUUUUUAAUUGGCAAGAACUUUCUGAAAGGAACUAAAGUGAUUUUCCAAGAAAAUGUUUCUGAUGAAAACUCUUGGAAAUCAGAAGCUGAAAUCGACAUGGAAUUAUUUCAUCAGAAUCAUCUUAUUGUGAAGGUUCCCCCGUAUCAUGACCAACAUAUAACUUUGCCAGUAUCAGUGGGAAUAUAUGUAGUGACCAAUGCUGGAAGAUCUCAUGAUGUUCAGCCAUUCACUUACACUCCAGACCCAGCGAUAGCUGGUGCUUUGAAUGUAAAUGUAAAGAAGGAAAUAUCUAGUCCAGCAAGACCUUGCUCUUUUGAAGAGGCCAUGAAAGCAAUGAAAACUACUGGAUGUAACUUAGAUAAGGUAAAUAUUCUUCCUAAUGCCCUGAUCACUCCACUCAUAUCAAGCAGUAUGAUAAAGAGUGAAGAUGUUACUCCAAUGGAAGUAACAGCAGAAAAAAGAUCUUCCCCUAUUUUUAAGACUACAAAGACAGUUGGAUCAACUCAACAAACAUUAGAAAAUAUCUCUAACAUAGCAGGAAAUGGGUCUUUUUCGUCGUCAUCAUCUUCCCACUUACCUUCUGAAAAUGAAAAGCAGCAGCAGAUUCAGCCCAAGGCAUACAACCCAGAGAGCCUGACAACCAUCCAGACACAGGACAUUUCACAGCCUGGCACCUUUCCAGCAGUUUCUCCUUCUAGCCAGCUGCCCAACAGUGAUGCACUACUGCAGCAGGCCACACAGUUUCAGACAAGAGACACUCCAUCUAGAGAGGUACUACAGUCAGAUGGGACAGUGGUUAAUUUGUCACACCUGACUGAGGCGUCACAGCAGCAGCAGCAGCAGUCACCAUUGCAAGAACAAGCACAGACUUUACAGCAGCAGAUUUCAUCAAAUAUUUUCCCGUCACCAAAUAGUGUGAGUCAGCUACAGAAUACCAUUCAGCAGUUGCAAGCAGGAAGUUUUACGGGCAGUUCUGCUAGUGGCAGCAGUGGAAAUGUUGACUUGGUCCAACAAGUUUUAGAGGCACAGCAACAGUUAUCUUCAGUUUUAUUUUCUACUCCAGAUGGUAAUGAGAAUGUUCAAGAACAGCUUAGUGCAGACAUUUUCCAACAAGUCAGUCAAAUUCAAAAUAGUGUAAACCCUGGAAUGUUUUCCUCAACCGAGCCAGCAGUCCAUACCAGACCAGAUAAUUUAAUAGCUGGAAGAGCUGAAAGUGUUCACCCACAGACUGAAAACACAUUGUCUAAUCAACAGCAGCAGCAGCAGCAACAACAGCAAGUGAUGGAAUCAUCCGCUGCAAUGGUGAUGGAGAUGCAGCAGAGUAUGUGCCAGGCAGCUGCCCAGAUUCAGUCCGAGUUAUUUCCGUCCUCUGCUUCAGCGAAUGGGAACCUGCAGCAGUCUCCGGUUUACCAGCAGGCCCCUCAUAUGAUGAGUGCAUUGUCUACCAGUGAGGACAUGCAAAUGCAGUGUGAAUUGUUUUCUUCUCCUCCUGCAGUUUCUGGGAAUGAAACUACUACAACCACCACACAGCAGGUUGCAACGCCUGGCACUCCGAUGUUUCAGACAUCGAGUUCAGGAGAUGGAGAAGAAACCGGAGCACAAGCAAAACAGAUUCAGAACAGUGUCUUUCAGACCAUGGUCCAAAUGCAACAUAGUGGAGACAGUCAACCUCAAGUUAACCUUUUUUCAUCAACAAAAAAUAUGAUGAGUGUUCAAAGUAGUGGCAGCCAGCAACAAGGUAAUGGUUUAUUCCAGCAAGGUAAUGAGAUGAUGUCACUCCAAUCUGGGAAUUUCUUGCAGCAGUCUUCUCAUUCACAGGCUCAACUUUUUCAUCCUCAAAAUCCUAUUGCUGAUGCUCAGAACCUUUCCCAGGAAACUCAAGGUUCUAUUUUUCAUAGUCCAAGUCCUAUUGUCCACAGCCAGACUUCUACAACCUCCACUGAACAAAUGCAGGCUCCAAUGUUUCACUCUCAAAGUACCAUGGCUGUGCUACAGGGCUCUUCUGUUCCUCAAGACCAGCAGUCAGCCAACAUAUUUCUUUCCCAGAGUCCAAUGAAUAAUCUUCAAACUAACACAGUGGCCCAAGAAGAACAGAUGUCAUUUUUUGCAGCUCAAAACUCAAUUUCUCCACUUCAGUCAACAUCAAACACUGAGCAGCAAGCUGCUUUCCAGCAGCAGCCUCCAAUAUCACACAUCCAGACCCCUAUGCUUUCCCAGGAACAGGCACAACCCUCCCAGCAAGGUCUGUUUCAGCCUCAGGUGUCCCUGGGCUCCCUUCCUCCUAAUCCAAUGCCUCAGAACCAGCAAGGAGCAAUCUUCCAGUCACAGCACUCAAUAGUUGCCAUCCAGAGUAGCUCUCCGUCCCAGGAGCAGCAGCAGCAGCAGCAGCAGCAACAGCAGCAACAGCAGCAGCAGAGCAUUUUAUUCAGCAAUCAGAACACCAUGGCUACAAUGGCGUCUCAGAAGCAACCACCACCAAACAUGAUGUUCAACCCAAGUCAGAAUCCGAUGGCUAAUCAGGAGCAACAGAACCAGUCAAUCUUUCACCAACAAAACAACAUGGCCCCCAUGAAUCAAGAGCAGCAGGCCAUGCAAUUUCAGAACCAGCCCACAGGUCCUACCCAGUCCGAAUCACCACAGACCUCCUUGUUCCAUAGCUCUCCUCAGAUCCAGCUGGUCCAAGGGUCACCCAGUUCUCAAGAGCAGCAAGUAACUCUCUUCCUCUCUCCAGCAUCCAUGUCUGCAUUGCAGACCAGUAUAAACCAACAAGACAUGCAGCAGUCUCCUCUUUACUCUCCUCAGAACAACAUUCCUGGAAUCCAAGGAGCCACAUCUUCACCUCAGUCACAGGCCACUUUAUUUCACAACACUACAGGAGGCACCAUGAGCCAACUACAGAAUUCUCCUGGCUCAUCUCAGCAGACUUCAGGAAUGUUCUUAUUUGGCAUUCAGAAUAACUGUAAUCAGCUUUUAACCUCUGGACCAGCUGCAUUACCAGAUCAGUUGAUGGCCAUAAGUCAGCAAGGCCAACCACAAAACGAGGGCCAGUCACCUGUGACAACACUUCUUUCUCAGCAAAUGCCAGAGAAUUCUCCAUUGGCAUCAUCUAUAAAUACCAACCAGAACAUUGAAAAGAUUGAUUUGCUUGUUUCAUUGCAAAACCAAGGGAACAACUUGACUGGUUCCUUUUAACUGGAUAUAAAUUCCAUGAAGACAAUCCUGAUUCCAAGAUGUCCUGAGAUCUUGUGAUUCCAUGAGGAUUAUUGAACUGUUACUUUAAAAACAAAACAAACUGAAAAACUGUGAUUGAGUAAAUGGGUAGAUUUUACUCUGUGACUGCAAAAGAGCACACCUAUGCUGCCUGUUGCAGUGAUCAGCCACCAUUGUUACCAUCUUCAUUGUUUAUAUUCCUAAUAACAGUCAUGACUGAGACUCGAUUUGUGUUUCCAGCUGACAGAAUUAAUUCGCUAUUUUCCUAGGCUCCAUUUCUUUAAAAGGACAGUUAAAUUUAAAAGCUGGACUGCUCAGUUAUUAUUGCUAUUAGAAAAUAAUUCAUUCUGUCAUGUUUACUUUUGUUCAUUAUUUUCUUUCCUGCAUUGUUUUAGUCAAGUAACAGCUUUUGAAAAAGGAAAAUAAUAACUAAGGCUGUGAUUUUUUUCAACGUAAAAGCACAGCUACUGGCCAAAGCGAAGGAAUCUCUUGUUUUUAUGGAAAACCUGAAAGGGUUGCAUUCUGACAAGUAAACUGUAUUAAGAGCUCUACACAGAUAAGAGGCUUCUUUAUUUAUCUCAAAGGCAGACAACACACAAACUGGGAACAGCUGGAAUGCUAUUGAUUUUAUUUUUCAGAGAAUUAUUAAUUCUCUUUUUUCUGUUAAGGGGUUUAGCCAUAACUGUGCAUAGAAAAAGAAUUGCCUUGCUUUAUAAAAAAUGAAGGGGAUAAUAUAUGGUAAAUUAUGCUCUGAUAUCCUCCUAUAGUAGUUUAAACUGACAGUAAUUUGAGUCUGUUUUCUUCUUAACCCAGUCUUGGAUCAGUGUUCCCUUUUUAUAUUCACCUACAUUUUUCUUCCCCUCUUUUUUCACUUUAUUUUAGACAAUUGAUAAUAUACUCCUAGCUUUGUGACCCUGUAGCAACUUAAAGGAAAAGGCCACUUUGAUCUGGGCUAACCCAGCAACUCCUGCAGCACAGGUUGGGGGUGUACCCUUUCGGGAAUGAGGGAGCUGAUUCCUGAGAAACAAGAAACAAUGCAUUCCCCCGCCCUCCAUGAACGGUGCUGUUCUGAAGUCUUCAAAAUUUUCCCUCCAAUAGGAAACUGUAUAUUUUAAUUAAAAAAAAAAAAAGGCAAAGUAAAAUUUCUUGAAACAUCACUUCUCCCUGAGCUGCAGUGAUUGUAAUUCACUUGUCACCUCAGUGCUUUACAGUUUGAAGUGGUCACUUACCUGAUGGUUCCCACAAGCCUUAGGCUUUACAGGGUCAUGUCAUUGACUUAAAAUGAAGAAUUAACUUGUGUUACAUCUAUAAAGAGCAAAAUACCACACUCCAGAACUUGCAGUUGUAGCAUUAGUUAUACAGUUUUGGGUGUUCUCACCACCCAUGGGAUGCCUGCUUCUCACUACAACCUGUUGUCUGGAUACCUGCUUAUGUCUUAUUUUCCUUUUGGCAUGUAGAAAGCUGUUAAUACAGUUUAAAGCCAAAUUAUGUGUGGCUUCUAUAUGUAGAUAAGAUGUUUUGGUAUUCUUGUCCGUUUCAUUUAUUUUUUAAAUGUACAAAAAAUAGCCUGUUAAUUGUUUGUUAAAGGCUACUUUUCUGUUUGUUUUUUAUUUUUAUUCUUUCUAUCCUAUACAUUUAGUUGAACUUAGUGGAAUUGUGGUGUUGAUUUUGUUUAUACAGCCAGAUUUUCCCCCCUUUUUGUGAUGAUCUUCCUUGAUUCUUUGAAUGUCCUCUUCUUCUAACUUGUUAGUUCUCAUAUAUUCUUCCCGCCACCCCCAACCUUUCCCUCCACCCCCAACCUUUCUUUCUUUCUCUCUCUGAUUGAGAGGCAUUGAAUUACGUUUUCAGUAGUACAGGCUUCUUGCCGAUAUGAAGGGAACUUUUCAGAAAGAGACCUACUAUGGGUCAUUUAAUUUUGAAUACAGUUUUCAAUCGUUCAAGUUUUGGAUGGUUUAUAUCUAAUGUGUGUUUCAUUUUUUUGGAAAGCUAUAUUUUGUAUUUAGGAAAUGGUAUACUAUUUUGCUAUUUGUACUGAGUGAGUACAUUGGCAUAAAUAUAGAAAUUUAUAUAUAUACAUAUAUAUAAACUAUUCUUUUUUUGCCACACAUUUUUGUGGUAAAUUUGUGAGUUUGUCUGAUGUUCUACCACAACGUGGCGUCUGAUAACAGUGAGGGGGGGUUUGUUAUGUCUUUAUUGAGUAUUUAAGUAUCUUUUGAAACAAAUGACCUGUUCAUCUGUGGCCAUUCCAUCAGGCAGUUCCUUGAUGUUAUUAGUGGGCUAAAGGCAGCUUACUGUGUGUUUGCUGGAUCUUUCACUCAGCAAAAUGUUAGAGCAAGGAAACCCAUCUAGGCAGUUGUGUCAAAUGGUGUUUCACAAGAAUGAGCCAUUCAGUCUUUGCUCACUAUGUAUUUAAUAUUUUAUUAUUGUUGUUAUUGUUAUUAUUAAUUGGCUUUCUGUAUUCUAUGCCUUUUAUUUAUAAAGACACUAAAAAAAACCAUGUUUGUAAUUUUAAUAACAUUUUCCCCAUCUUGUAAUAUCCAGAGCUACUUUAUAAAUUCUCUGAACUGAAAGCAUUUUCUUCAAUAUAUCUCUUCUCUCCCCACCCCAUUGGGAAAAAUUACCCAGUAUAGUUCAGGUUGUGAGAAAGACCAGCCACACAAUCCAGUGAUUCAGUUUGAAAGUGUAAAAUUCAGAGCGGUGACAAAUGUCAGAAAGCUUACCCAGCAAGCCUAAAAAUAAGUAGACAUAAAAUACUGCAAGUUUAUUUCUGACUUUUCUGAAUUUUUUCUUAAGAGAUUAUACGGAAGACUCGGGCAGUCUUAUUCAUCGUGGUCUAAUUAGAAUGUUAACACUGCUCUAUGAAUGAAGUGGUGGCAAGAAAACUGGCUGUGUGCUGACUUGUGUUGUUUAGCAAGAGGUUUAUCACUGUAAAAUGCUGAUUGCCAAUGCCAAGUCACCAGGGACCAAUUUUCUGUUUUAUAAUAUCUAAGUUUAGAACAGAACAUACACCUGAACUGUAAUGGUUUGAUUGGAUGAAGGCAGAAAACUUAAUUUUUAGUUUCAUAAAUUUUGUGGUUAUUUACCCAAGGGCUGUGCUAUGCUACCAUAUUCUUACUCAGUAAUCAUGUUUUGGUUUUCAUUUUAACAUUGUUAAAUGUUUCUUACCCCUAAAGGUCAAUGUUAAGUACAGCAUUCUGAAUAUACAAUUUGGUUACAAAAAGUAUUUGUCUUCUUAUUGAAGAGUUAGCUCAGUGAUCAGUGGUUGAUACUUGUGCUAAUAAUGCAGUUUCCAGAUUACUGUUACAAGUUAAUAGCUACAUAUAGGAGAGACUCCUUGAACCAGCAAAGGCAUCGGAAACACAAUUUAUUGAGUUUAUUUGUGGCAGAAGGACCUAAAUAAAUUAUGAACUACACAUUUUAUUCCUUUAUAUUGUUACAUUCAAUUGUUACUUUUAGCAACUCACAAUGCUUGGAGCUUAUCUCUGUGUCUGUGUGAGUGUGUGUAUGUGUUUUAUUCUUUAUUGUCAUUCCAUUAUAUAUCCACACCAACAUGAGAGAAGAUACUUAGGAGUCAUAUUUUGCUUCUGAGCUUUGUCAUGUUACCUUUGUAAUUAGAAUAUCAUGUUGUUAUUUAGCCAGUGCAAAUCUGUUUUCACCUGUCUCCAUAGAACAGCUUUUUAAAGGGCUUUGUUAUUGAAGCAGUGGUAAUGAGGGACCUUCCUUCUUUCUUUCCUCCUUUCCUUUUGUGUUUUUGUAUUAUUGUAUAUGCUAUAGCUGGAAAUUUCAUUAUAGUGCAUUUCUUGCCUAUCAGAAACUCAGUUAAUCUGCCUAGGAAAAACAGUGUCCAAGGAAAUGAGAAAGAAAUUAUAUCUGAGUCCCUCUAGAACUAAGGUAAUAAUUCCUUUUGAUUAAGCCAUUAUAGACACUUGUUUUGGAAAAGUAAAAUCUGUUUAGAUGCAUCAGUAAUUAAAGAACAGAAUUAAAUGCUUUAAUAAUCAAAGUCUCAAAUUCAGCAUGGUUUAUAAAUAUUCACUAGAAGUAAUUUGAGAAUUUUUCAUCUUUGUGGUGAACAUUUCUCUUCUAAUAUCUGUUUCCUAGUUUAUUUUUUCAAUGAGUUGAAACUUGCAUGAGACCUGUUGGCUUUACUCAGCUUCCUGACCGCAGGCUUCAUCUCUAACCAAGGCAGCCGUGUUGUAUCUGCGUACCUUUGGUUAUAUGGAGGGACUUCAUGAAAGAGAGAUUCUAUAGUUCAGCAGCUUUAUUAGAAAAAUAACUCAAAGCAUAUGCCCUAGGAGGUGGUUUAGUAGAAUCUCAUAACGUAUUAAAAGAGGUUUGUUCUCUGAUUAUUUGUGUCACUAAAGCUGAACUGUGGUGAUAAUGUUCAUAGUGUAGUAAAUAUCAAAGUAAUACCUACAGUAUCAUUUGUGAAUUGUCCCAGGGCUCUUAAUUACUGCUUUGACCCCCAUUUAUUUUCAUGCCGUUCUAGCUUCAUUUAUUAAUAAAAUUCUAUUUUUUACUCUACUUUCAGGAAAAAUUUUAAAUUAAUGUUUUAUACCUAGAUUAAAUGUUUUAUAGAAAAGUGCCUUUUUACCAUGAUAGUGCCCCCUUUUUUGUAAUUUCAUUUUUCACUAUUGCCAAAAACACAUAAACAAAUGAUUUUAACAGGUCUCAACUUUCACCUUUGUCAUUUAGUCGUUCUUUUCUCCAUCUUUUCUUUUCUGAUCUAAUUGGCUUUAUUAAGUGAUUCAUGAAUCAGGCAGCAUCCUAUCUAACAACUAGAAGGGCGUUCUGAGGGGUUGUACAAAAUGGAAGGUUUUUAUAGCUCCAUUUUUUGGUCACCAUAGGAAACAACUUCUUAAGUUUCCAACUCCCUUUGGCAUAAGACUAACAAAAGAUACAUUACUAGAAUUGUCCUUUGAAAGAGGGUAAGUAAAAGAUUAUAGAAUUACACUGUUUAACCUCUAUAUAAAUUAGCAAAAUUUGCCUUCAUCUCAGCCAACUAAUGAUAGGUCUUACUUGAAUGCUAAUGAAAAUUUUAGUGUGAGACUCCAUGCACACAAAUGUGUGUAGUUAAAUUUCAGGAAGUGUUUAAAGCAUCUUUUAUGACCUUAAUUAGAUGAAUGAAAAUAAAUCAGAAACACAUAGUUUAAGAAAAGGCUGGUAAUAUCAAAUUUUUAAAUGUCAAACUAGACAGGGCCAAGUGAUUAAUUAGUCAACUUUUUACCCAUCAGAACCUCAGUAAUCUAUCUAUGGAAAAUAGUAUUAAAAGAAAUGAAGACGUUACCGCUGAGUCCUUUCAAGCAAAUACAGUUGAAUUGCAUGUCCAUCUGGUUUUUGUUCAUUUUGCCUGUGUUCCAGCCUCUUAACACAGUGGUGGUGCCUGAAGAAAGGGCCAGCGGCUCAGGAUGGUAGUGUUGGGGUAGAGCUGCCUUCCCACGUGUGAGGGUUUCCGUGGCUGUCAGUGUACUGAAGACUGCAGACCUUCACGCAGUAUUCUUAAUACCUGUUGAUAGUAUGCACUUGAAUCAUUCCAAAGAAGUCAGGAAUGCUGGUAGUGGUGACUCCUUCUUAAUGAAUGCAUUGAACUAUUUAGAAUAUUUAUGCCCCUUAUUUAGAUAGCAACUUGGUAUAAGUAUUAUGUGACUGUUGUCUAAAAUGACCGUAUAAUAGGACUUAAGACUUUGAAAUGUAAUUGACUAUAAAGGGAAAUGAUUACACUUCAGAAAAUCAUUUUAGAAACAUUAAAAUGUUCAUCUUCCUAUUCUAUGUUUGACAGUUAAAACCAGCCCUUUUCCUGUAUAUUUUGUGUCAUGUACAUAGGAACAUUAGAGUAAACAGCAUAUAUCAUAUAUGUGUUCAACAUAUAUACCAUGUUUCCCCAAAAAUAAGGCCUGGCCAGACAAUCAGCUCUAAUGCGCCUUUUGGAGCAAAACUUAAUAUAAGACCCGGUCUUAUUUUACUAUAAUAUAAGACCGUGUCUUACAUCAAUUUUUGCUCCAAAAGACGCAUUACAGCUGAUUGUCUGGCUAGGUCUUAUUUUCGGGGAAACAGGGUAGUAUGUAUAAACCAGUGGUUUCAAAAUAUGGUCGUCAGCCCACCAGCCAACAUCAGUAUCAUCUGGGAACUAGUUAGAAAUGCAGAAUCUCGGACCCUAUCCCAGACAUACCGAAUCAGAAACCGGAGUGGGGUCCAGCAUUCUGUGUCGUGACAAGCCGCCCCAGGAGAUUCUGGUGCUCGCUUAACGUUUGAGAACGACUCGUUUAGUGACCUAUUUACAGUAAGAUCUAGAAAGGUGUGUUUUUCCCCCCCUCAUACAGAUAGAGUUUAUACAUUGUUCUUCAUAUAAAUUCAGCUUAACCUGGUUAUCCAUAAUCCUUUAAUGGCAAUGAUAAUUUAUUCUCAGUACUGCUUAUGGAAAUACAGCAUAUUUUAUGUACAUAUACAGUUAGUCUAGUUAUUAAUAAUUCAGUUCACUUAGUUUGGCAUUUUCCUUCCACUUACUAAGAAGUUUACAUUAAGUGACUGAUUUAAAGAUAUAGGUGCAAUGUGCUAUAUUUCUUUUAAUUGUUAUGACAUUUAAGUAGUUAAUAUAAUUGACAGGUGCUAAAUUCUCCUGUUUGUUUAUAAAAUGGGUACAUUGUGGGCAGUGAUAAUAAAAACUUUUUUUGUUUCAUUGCCUCUUUACCAGCAGACCACAAUUUUGGUCUGGCUAGACCAACUCUCAGAACAAAAUUGUCAUUCCUGUAUUUAUAUUUGUAUCUGAGAUAAUUAAACAAAACGGCUGGCUAUGUCAACAAAGCACCUUAUUUAAUUUUUUAAUAGAUAAAACUUCUUUAAAAGUGGCUUUGUUUGUACGAGACCUGAUUCACUAGAGAGACAAUGUAUUAUAUAAUUUGGGCAUUUCUCCCUUGUCAAUGUAUGUAUCGUGGUAAAUAUAAACUAACCACAAGCCAAGUACAUGUAUUCAUUUUAAUCUCCCUGUGUAAUUCAGUACCUCCAUAAUUGUUCUAAUCUUCCUCCCACUGUUUACAAAUCACCAAUUAACUAACUCACGAAAAAAUGCACAUUUCAAAUAAAAAUAAUUGUAUACUCUAUAAAAAUCACUACUGCUUAAUACUAGCAGUGGAAAUGUAAGUGGCUUACUCUGCAAACUUUGGUGCUGGCAAAUAUAUAGGCAAACUGUUGGGAGAUGCUCUAGCUACAUUCCUCCUUUCUUGUUCGCUUUCCUUUCUUCCUCACUUGAUUGCUUAUUAUAUUCCUGUGCCCAAAGCAUCCUACCAUGAUUCUAUUCAAAUUCUAUUGUAAUAUCUUUUUUAAAAGCUCCAUGUUUAAGCCUCAUAUCACCCCUGCUCUUUUUUUUUCCCCAGAAGUAAUUUGCCUGGUUUGAAUAGUUCCUAGGGAUCACUUACAUUUUAGCCGAUGAACCUCAGGACAACACACACACACACCCAUCUCAGAUGUUUGAGGGUGGGUUUGGAGUCAGACUCAUGUGUCCAAUAAAGAGCUGUGCUGCCCUGAAGUGUUUAUGACUUUAGGGCUGUGAAUUGAUUCCAGUGACACUGAGCUCAUUUUUUUUCAUCUAUUGAAUGUAUCUGCUCGCCCUGUUCCCUUACUUCUAACUGAUAAGCUCCAAGUAGUUGCUACUUUUUUUGACAAUUUUUACUUUGUCUUUUUAAUAAAUAUAUUACAAAUAUUUCAUUAGCCUGUCCUCACGUGGUUUAGCUACGGUUCUGCCAUUUAAGUUUUUUAAAUUGUAUUUUAUUUGUUUGAGCACACUGAUCAACCACUGAACUGCCUUCUUCCAUUGUCCUGCAGUGACAUAAGGUUACAUUUUUGUGUGUAUGGCUUUCAUAGUUGGGGUUGCAAAGCACUGACACCAGAUACUUUCAGUUUGUUCUCCGGGGGAAUUUCAUUUGCGUCUAUGUUUUUAGCUAUCUGUGAUAACUUGUUAAAUAUUAAAAAGAUAUUUUGCUUCUAUUGGAACAUUUGUAUACUCGCAACUAUAUUUCUGUAAACAGCAGCAGUCAAAAAUAAAACAUUGAAAGUUUUCA